AUGAAGUACGACACCGUGCACGGCAAGUUUAAGCAUGAUGUCAAGAUUGGCGAGAAGGAUGAGCUCAUCGUGAACGGCCACAAGAUCAAGUGCAUCAUGGCCAGCAGGGAGGGCCCCAAGGCCCUGCCCUGGAAGGACUUGGGAGUGCAGUUCGUCAUCGAGUCCACCGGCCUGUUCGUGGAGUACGAGAAGGCCCUGGGCCACAUCGAAGCCGGCGCAGAAAAAGUCAUCAUCUCCGCCCCUGGCAAGGGCUCUCUGAAGACCCUGGAGGGCGUGGGAAUCGAGAAGGGCCUGAUGACCACCAUCCAUGCCUACACCGCCACUCAGAAGACCGUGGAUGGCGUGUCUGCUAAGGAUUGGCGUGGAGGUCGCGCGGCGGCUUGUAACAUUAUCCCAUCCGCGACCGGAGCCGCCAAGGCAGUCGGAGAGGUUUUGCCCAGCACCAAGGGAAAGCUCACGGGCAUGGCCUUCCGCGUGCCCACGCCUGAUGUCUCCGUCGUUGACCUCACCUUCACCGCAGAGAAGGACACCUCCAUCGAGGAGAUCGACGGUCUGCUCAAGAAGGCCUCUGAGAGCUACAUGAAGGGCGUCCUCUCCUUCACCGAUGAGGAGCUGGUGUCCAUGGACUUCGUGCACAACGUGAACUCCUCCAUCUAUGACUCCAAGGCCACUCUCCAGAACAACCUGAAGGGUGAGAAGCGCUUCUUCAAGAUUGUGUCGUGGUAUGAUAAUGAGUGGGGAUACUCCAACCGCGUC